AUGGUCUCUGGUGAUGGAUUUGAUCUCUGUGGUCGUGUUAAAGAGCACUGGGUGCUUCUGCACCUUCAGGAGCCGCUUCUAGAGGUUCGGAGAGCCCUUGGCCGGGACUGGUGUCUGACGCUUGGCCUGACUCGAAUAGGCCUUCACGGCACCGUACUACGAUCUAUUCUCUUCAUCACAGCCCUCAGCGGACUGGUCCGUCUACCCGCGGCCACGGAGGCGAAGGAGUGCGAUAAACCAUGCUUGAACGGCCAGUGUAACACCGCCAGCGGCGUGUGUGUGUGCGAGCCGGGAUGGGUCGGGGAGCAGUGCCAACACUGCGGCGGCCGCUUCAGGCUAACGGGACCCUCAGGUUAUCUCUCUGAUGGACCAGGAAACUACAAAUACAAGACCAAGUGCACGUGGCUUAUUGAGGGACAGCCGAACUCAAUCCUGAGGCUUCGCUUUGAGCAUUUUGCCACUGAGUGCAGCUGGGAUCAUCUGUAUGUGUAUGAUGGAGACUCCAUCUACUCUCCUAUACUUGCUGCCUUCAGUGGUUUGAUUGUUCCUGAGAGCUACAGCAAUGAGACCGUCCCAGAGGUGGUGGCACAGUCUGGCUUCACCCUGCUGCACUUCUUCAGUGACGCGGCAUAUAAUCUCACUGGCUUCAACGUCUCCUACAGGUUGAAUAUGUGCCCAAAUAACUGCUCUGAUCAUGGGGAGUGUCGUGUGGGGAAUUCCAGUGACUCUGUGCAGUGUGAAUGUGAGGUCGGCUGGAAAGGAGAGGCCUGUGAUGUGCCCUACUGCUCCUCUGACUGUGGCUCCCCUCUGCGGGGAUGGUGUGACAGCGCCGCCAAACGCUGCCAGUGCAAACCAGGAUGGCAAGGCCUGGACUGCUCAAUAACUGUACCAGCAAAUGUUUCCUUCUGGACACGUGAGGAAUACAACGGGCAUGGCUUGGUGCGGGCGUCCCAUAAGGCUGUGGUUCAUGAAGACGUGAUGUGGGUGAUAGGUGGACAUAUGUUUAACUACACACACUACCAGAUGGUGACUGCGUUCAACAUCUCCUCUCAAAGCUGGAUGUCUUUAAACCGGUCCGUCAACUCUGUAACUGGACGCUACGGUCAUUCUCUCUCCCUGCAUGAGGAUAAAAUCUAUAUGUACGGUGGGAAGAUUGACUCCACAGGAAACGUGACAUCAGAACUCUGGGUGUUCCACACAUGGAACCAGUCGUGGGUUCUGCUGAAUCCACGUGCUAAAGAACAGUAUGCCGUCGUGGGCCAUUCUGCACACACUGUCCAGCUCCAUCCCGACAGAUCAGAGCCCGUCAUACUGGUCAUCUUCGGACACUGCCCUCUUUACGGAUACAUCAGCCAAGUGCAGCAGUACAACAUUGUAAAGAACACAUGGAGUGUUUUAGAGACUCGUGGGGCGCUGGUUCAGGGUGGCUAUGGGCACAGCAGUGUGUAUGAUCCUCAAACCCGCUCCAUCUACAUCCAUGGAGGCUAUAAAGCUUUCAGUGCCAAUAAAUACGGCCUGGCCGGGGACUUGUACCGCUAUGAUGUGGACAAGAGAAUGUGGUUGAUUCUGAGGGACAGUGGUUUUUUCCGUUACCUCCACACGGCGGUGAUUGUUGGCGGGAACAUGUUGGUGUUUGGAGGGAACACGCACAACGACACCUCAAUGAGCCAUGGGGCGAAAUGCUUCUCCUCAGACUUCAUAACAUACAGCAUAGCUUGUGAUGAGUGGAUUGUACUGCCCCAUCCAGAUCUUCACCAUGACGUCAACCGUUUUGGCCACUCAGCUGUGUAUCACAAUGGGGUGAUGCACGUGUAUGGAGGCUUUAACAGCCUGAUGCUCAGCGAUGUGCUGAGGUUCACCCCUGCGAGCUGCGCUGCUUUCCCGGAGCAGCUGGAGUGUGUGACGGCUGUGCCCGGCGUGAAGUGUGUGUGGAACUCCACUACCUCCACCUGUAUGUCCUGGGACGCAGCGGCACCCCAUGACACAGAGAGCUUGAGAAACACCUGCAGUCCCAGAGGGGAUGCAGAUGGUGAAAAGUGUGACCAAUAUUCAGACUGCUACAGCUGCACAGCGAACACUAACAGCUGCCAGUGGUGCGCUGCGGUCUGUGUGUCUGGUCAUAGUAACUGCACCAGUUCCCCGGGUGGGAUAAUGGAGUAUGAGGCAUGUCCAAAGGAUAACCCAUCCUUUGUGUGCAGCAAGAAGACCAACUGUAAAAGUUGUGCCACAGAUCAGAACUGCCAAUGGGAGACGAGAAAUCAAGAGUGCACUACCCUCCCUGGGAAUAUCUGUGGGGAGAGUUGGCACCUGGUGGGGAACUCGUGUCUAAAGCUGAUCACAGCCAAGGACUCGUAUGACAACGCUAAACUGGCGUGUCGCAGUCACCAGGCGGUGCUGGCAUCCCUCACCACGCAGAAGAAAGUCCAGUUCGUCCUCAAAGAGAUGCAUAACAGAUCAUUGCAAUCAAAAGCAGUGAUCACUCCGUGGGUGGGUCUGAGGAAGAUCAAUGUCUCCUACUGGUGCUGGGAGGACAUGUCCCCCUUCACCAACUCCACGCUGCAGUGGCUGCCGGGUGAGCCCAGCGAUGCUGGUUUUUGUGGGUACCUAGCUGAGCCCACUUUUAACGGACUAAAGGCGGCGACCUGCGUCAACUCUGUGAAUGGGAGUCUGUGUGAAAGACCAACAACAACAAUUCAAACACUGUUCCACGCCCCUUCCUCUUCAGGCCCCUCCCUCAUUCCCGCCCCUCAGCCAAUGUUAAACGUCAGCUUGUGCCCACUAGAGGGCAGCUACAACUGGUCCUUUAUCCAGUGCCCAGCAUGCCAGUGUAACGGACAUAGCUCUUGUGUCAAUGAGAGUGUGUGUGAGAGAUGCGAGGACCUAACCACAGGCAAACAGUGUGAGAGCUGCAUCUCCGGUUACUAUGGCGAUCCCACAAACGGGGGCAGCUGUCAGUCUUGUAAGUGCAACGGCCAUGCCAGCAUGUGUAACUCUAACAAUGGCAAAUGCUUCUGUACCACCAAAGGCAUCAAAGGAGACCGCUGCCAUUUGUGUGAGGUAGAGAACCGUUACCAGGGCAACCCUCUGAAGGGAACGUGUUAUUACACUCUGCUGAUAGAUUACCAGUUUACCUUCAGUUUGUCUCAGGAGGAUGACCGCUACUACACUGCCAUCAACUUUGUGGCAACUCCAGAUGAGCAAAAUCGAGACCUGGACAUGUUUAUUAAUGCCUCAAAAAACUUUAACCUCAACAUCACAUGGGCAACCAGCUUUGCAGCUGGGACUCAAGCUGGUGAGGAAAUCCCUAUAGUCUCCCGCAGCAACAUAAAGGAAUUCAAAGACAGUUUCUCCAACGAGAAGUUCGAUUUCCGUAGCAAUGCCAACAUUACCUUCUACGUGUAUGUCAGCAACUUCACCUGGCCAGUCAAAAUCCAGAUCGCUUUCUCUCAACACAGUAACUUCAUGGAUUUGGUUCAGUUCUUUGUCACGUUCUUCAGCUGUUUCCUGUCCUUGCUUCUGGUGGCAGCAGUCGUAUGGAAGAUAAAACAGAGCUGCUGGGCGUCACGGCGCAGAGAGCAACUCCUGCGAGAAAUGCAGCAGAUGGCCAGCCGACCAUUCGCCACCAUCAACGUUGCCUUGGAGACGGAUGAGGAGCCACCAGACCUGAUUGGUGGAAAUGUGAAGUCUGUGCCUAAGCCCAUAGCUUUGGAGCCCUGUUUUGGGAAUAAGGCAGCGGUGCUCUCCAUCUUUGUUAGAUUACCCAGAGGCCCCGGAGGUAUUCCUCCUCCAGGACAGUCAGGUCUGGCAGUAGCGAGUGCAUUAGUGGACGUCUCUCAACAGAUGUGUCUGGGAUAUAAGGAGAAGUCGGGAGGGUUGCGUAGCCGCAAGCAGCAGCCAUUAGCACAGCCUGCCACCUGCAUCUGACAUUUACCCCUUGUCCUUUGACCUCGGACCCCUGCCAGGUCUGAGUCACAGGAACACACGCUUAUGGCUGGGUCACAUUCACAGAAGAAGCAGGGGGGCGGUCUCUGAUUGGAGAAACUGAAUCUCUCCUGGACCAAGCUGAGAGAACACUACAGGAAAUGAACUCUGAUGUGACCCUGACUGAUAGGACUUAUCCUGGGCCACUUUAUGAUAUUUAACUUAUUUCAGUUAUUUUAUUCCAUUUUUACAAUCAGGAGGAAGAAGUAUCCUUGCAUUGCUGCAUCUCUGUUGAAGGCAACACACACAAAACCUUCCUUCUGGAGACUUCUUUGGCUGCAUGGCUAUAACACAAAUACACAUAUGCACAUACAGUACAGGACUUCUUUUAGAGGCCACAAAUUGCUUUUAUUUCUUAAGAAUUAAUCGGGUUUCUGAUUUGAUGUGUAGGAAUAAGACUCAGCGAGCUGGUAUGUUUACAAGCGUUUGACUUUACAGGUCAUCUGUGACAUCUCUCCCAAGCUUUUCAUCUUUUUCACAUCCUUCCAUUCUCUCUUGAAUUAUCUCCUUUCACGUUCAUGUAGUGAUCGGAGACAUGAGUGUUUAUGUUUGCCAUAAUGAUUAUGCUGCUUCUGCUUUUAUCAUUUACUACUUCUCUCUUAUCUGAAAUCUCAGCCCAUUUUUCAGGCACAUUGCAAGGAAGGAAGAAAUAAAAGGCGACUGCAGGCAGCAGGGUGGAAUUAGAGCAAACAAGGACCUUGUUUGGGUUUCUCAAAAUGUCAGAUGUCAUUUUGGGAUGGCGAAGGAUUAUCUGCAUACACAAAUGCACAAACCUGGACCUGCGUAGGAGACCGGGGGUAUUCUCCAGGAUAUGGAGUGGAUUGCCUAGUUCAAAGGAAAGGUCAGAGAUGGAGUGAGCAAAUGUGACAUUAUGAAAUCUAAACCGGUGUAAGUGUGUGUAGCAGCACAGUCAUUACAUCUUUCAUUAUCCUGGCAUGCGUUAGUGGGUGGGCGCACAGCUGUAUCCAGACAGCACAGAUGACCUGCUUGCCGGUUCUUAGAGUGCCAUGAAUAAAGGGACACAGGUCGCUAGACCAGAACAAAUCCUCUACUAUUGAGAGCCCAAACAGGAUGUUAUUAAUCUGUCUGUGAUCUCAAUGGAAAAUUCAUGUCCUGUGACACCCAUCAAGUGUGAACGUAAGCUGGUCACAGACUGAAUGUCGUAGAGAGACCAUUUAUGAUUUUUUUCUCAUGAUCUGUUGGGGCCCAAAAGGGAAAAAUGCGCUCACACGUACACACAAAGUGAUCUAAUGAAAGGAGCUGGUCUCUCUUCCUUCAGAUGGAAGCUAAUUCUCACAUUGCUUUUCUCUGUAAGCCUCAAACAGUACUCCUCACACACCGACCGCACCAUCUAUAUACAGUGAUACUGUAGAUAUGGAGUCUGUAGUUUGUUAAUAUGUAUAAUGUAGCAGCGAGUGCAUUCAAGUUUUUUGUACAUAGUGAUGGACAGUAAUGUGAAUGCCGUCUCUGUUAAAUGACUUACUGCACUUGGCGGGUGGAGUAUCCCAGGCUUUUGAAAUAUGACUGCAUUGCAGCUUCUUUUGAAUGUAAAAUGGCGAAUGUCAUGAACAAACUCUAAACUAGCAGCCUACUUUAAGAAAAAAAAAAUAAGACCUGGAAAUUUAAACUGACCUUGUAAUUAUAUGUGUACAUAAAGAAUGUCAUAGAACAUUUUGUCUAUAAUUAAACGGUAAAAUGAAGAUGACUGCCUGUAAAU